UCUAAUGGUAUUUUUUUCAAACGAAUCCCUUAUUCAUGCACCAACCCUAUUCCUUCAGUGCGACGCAUUUUCAUCAGCCAUCACUCUGCUUUGGCUGAUAGCAGAACAAAAAUUUCUUACGCUUGUUGGAACGUCUACGGUAAGUCCCUCCAUUUCUGCAGACGCAUUUUGCCAUUUUCCUUGUAGCAUCUUGUAGUUUUAACGUACACUUUCCAUCAAGCGUAACAAAAAUUUUCGUUCUGAAGAUAUGAAGUGUAAAGAUCCACAUCAACAAAACUAGUACGACAUUGUUAUUAAAUUUGAAGACUGAGAAAGUUAUAUUUUAAUUUUUCUUGCUUUUGUUCGUAGAAAGUGCUGUUAAUAAACGGACUUUUGGUAGUAUGUUAUCGAAAUUAAUCAGAGAAGAACCAACAAGUUUGAUGUUAAAUACCAAACUAUGCCUCAUUUCAAUGACACAUUCGAAUACGUUUUUGUCUAGUACGGUAUUCUUCAAAAAUCAGCCAACUUGUCGGAUCCAUUUUCAGACUUCAGAAAGACCCGCGAGCCUUAUUAAGAUUUAUCUGGAAUGUAUUUACCUGAAUCGUUUCGGUCUGCGUGCUACAAGAGUUUCAGUAAAUCAACCAGAGACGAACUUUGUUGGUUUUAUGGAGAGUGUUGAAUCAUAUUCGUCGGUUCAGCAAUUUAGUUUGUUGAUUCCUUUCAAUCGCUUAGCUUCUAAAUUGCGUGAUAUUUGUAUCAUUUUUGAAGUCCACGUAAUUGGAGAGUCAUCUUUUUGUUUACAGUUAACCGAUUCACAAUGGAAAAAACAGAUUAUUGAAUCCAUGAAUGGGCCAUUUACGGACCUCGUGUUAACGGUUAGAGGUCAUAAGCUUCCAGUCCACAAAUCAGUUUUGGCCGCUCGCUGCCCUGCUUUGACGGCAAAAAUAAAAGAUGCUGCAGUUGAACAACUUAUUUUGGAUGAAGAUCCUGUUACUUUCCGAAGAUUUCUUCAUUUUCUCUACACUGGUCUACUAGAUGACUGUGAUUAUUAUCUCAUAGAUAUGAAAACGUAUGCAAAGAAAUACUUCGUAGAUGAAAUGCUUCCUAAAUUUACCGCAAAUGGAACAAUGGAAAAAAUGGUCACGAAAUGUGAAGCUGACGUGAACUCACAAUUAACGAAAGGAGGUGUCGUAAUGCAAUAUUCAUGGACGUUGAAAAAGUUGCCAACUUUGAAUCGCACAACUUUCUCUAAUAAAUCAAAGGACGGUAUGUGGUUCGGCGUUGGUAUUCAGUGUGUACGUAUCAUCCCAUAUACAAAUUGUAGCGAGUUCGACCUAUACUUUUUUACUGGUCGAAACAGUCGAGUGGUUGGUGUCUCAUACUUCAACAGAUGGGAUCCCUGUUCACAGAAGAAACACAACAUGGAUCUUAAUAAAAAUCUGGUCUUCACAAGCAAUUUCUCCGUUGCAAAUGGAUACAAAUGUUACCAGUUCACGUUCUGUGUGACGAUCGAACAAGCGGAUAAUGAGGAAUAUCGAUACGAAUUGCAGGACAGUCUUUGCCCAACUCAGCUUUGGCGUUCCGCUUUGGAUGGCAUGACCACCGAUGUUCAGUUGCUCGUCUCUGGGCGUAUCUUUCAUGCCCAUCGAUGGAUUUUGGCCGCCCGGAGCCCAGUUUUUGCCGCAAUGUUUUCCCACGACAUGCUCGAGGCGAAUACUGGGUGUGUUGACAUCAGCGACAUUACACCAAGCAUAUUCGAACAAAUUUUGUUCUUUAUUUAUAAUGGCCGCAUACUCGACUCUACCCCUAAUUUACUUCUAUUGGAGGCAGCUGAUAAAUACCAAAUAGAAACGUUGGUUUUCAUUUGUCGGGCUUCUUCAUCUCCAAUGGAAAAGGACAGUUGA